AAUUGAAAAUGACAUUGUUACAAGUGCCAAUAGUAUCUAAUCUGAAUACCUGAUAUUUCUUGAAUUAUGUGAAGAUUUUUUCAACUAAAAAGUUCACUUCACACUAAAAAAAUAUCUACAACCAAAUCCUUUCAUCUUAAAUCCCACCCUUCUACAAAGAGCAUUAACAUCUAUUCAACAUUCACAUACAAACUCACCUUGUGUAUUCAGUGUAUUUUUGUAGUAAUGGAGAGUCAAGUGGUGCGACGCAGAGUUAACAUUAUUGCUGCACAUUUAGCUGCACAUGAUGAUAUCUCCACCGCGGCUACUCAUUUGUUUCCUAUGAGCUGUAGCAGUAGUUUGAGUUCUGCAAUUCCAAGGUACGAUAACAGAAUGUACUAUGCACGACAAAGUUCCAAUGCUCAAGCUUGUUUCAUGAGGCUCAAUUCAAGUGAACAGGGAAGCUGCACUGAAUCCGCCUCGCCUUACAAGCCUAAUGGUUGUGCAAAAAAGAGUUCUAGUGCUUCUGAAGGACCAAUGUUUUCUAGACCUACCAAUAAGAAAUUCCAGUCUACUGCACAAGGUUGCGAAUACAAUGAAACUGCAACAGAAGCUCCUAAAUUUGCUAGGCCACGUACAACGACUAAUUUCCAAUUGAAAGAAACAAGAAUUGGACUUGAAUCUAAUGGAAGUGAAUGGUCUCCGAGGAUGGAUAUUGCAGAAUCUGGAAGCAUGUAUGUCGUAUCAAUAGAACUUCCCGGUGUCAAUAUAAGUGAUAUAAAGGUAGAAGUCAGUGCAAAAAGCUUAAUAGUUUCUGGAAAUCGUUCAAUUCAGUGUAAAGUGGCAACAUACUUGAAUGACUUGGUAUCAGCCUAUCACAAAAAGGAGAUUGUGCAGGGUCCAUACCGAGUUUUCUGGCCACUUCCAAGUAAUGCUAAUAAAGAUCGCGUCUCAGCUGAGUUUGUGGACGGACUUUUACAGAUUACAAUUCCCAAACUUUGAGAAGCAUGGCAACCAAUCAAGGAGAUAUCUACGUGUAAAGAAUAUACUCGAAGCAGGAUAAGCAACAGAAGUUACCAUACAACAUGAACCGUAUAUAAGCACUCGCAUGCUAUUUAGUGGAAACUAGUGUAAAUUGCCAUUAAUUAUGAGCUAUACUUGUAAUGCUACAUAAGCAGCCAUAUAUCAGUAUAUACAUAAACCUUCAUUUA